AUGCAUUCACAUCAUUCUCAUUCUGGUGACUAUGUUGCCCAUGGUGUCGAUCCAUUAGAUGAUAUGAUUCUACAAGUAGAAAAGAUGAAAUUCCAUACGUAUUGUUUAACUGAACAUAUUCCAAGAAUAGAAUCAAAAUAUCUCUAUCCAGAAGAGAUUGAAAGUUUUGAGAAUGACACAGAUGCUUUAAAACAAUUAGAAAUGAAUUUUACAAAAUUCUUGACACAUGCUCAAAGAAUUAAAGAUUCACAUAAGAAUAAAUAUCCAAAUAUUAUAAUUGGUACAGAAAUUGAAGCCUGUAAUACAACACAUAUUCAAUAUGCUAAACAAAAAAUUUUAGAAUAUCAAGAUCAAGUAAAAUUUUGUGUUGGAUCUGUUCAUCAUAUUAAUGGUAUUCCAAUUGAUUUUGAUCAGGAUAAUUGGUAUAAGGCGUUAUUAUCAUUCCCAAAUAAAAAUUUGAAAAAAAUGUUGAUUUCAUAUUUUGAAUCACAAUAUGAAAUGUUACAAAUUUUACAACCAAAAGUUGUUGGACAUUUUGAUUUAUUUAAAUUAUUUUGGCCAGAUUCCUUAAGGGUGAAUAUCGAUACGGGUGAAUGCACUGAAUCAUCUAGUGAAAAUGAUAUAAUAGUGACACCAAUGGCGUAUUUAAAUAUAUGGGAUGAUAUUAAACAAUUAGUAAUUAGAAAUUUAAAAUAUAUUAAUUCAUAUGGUGGUGCCAUUGAAAUUAAUACAUCAGCAUUACGUAAAGGUUUAAAAGAACCAUAUCCAAGUUCGAACAUAGGUGAAUUAGUUAAACAAUACUGUCAAGGUAGAUUUGUAUUAAGUGAUGAUGCACAUGGUAUUGCACAAGUUGGUGUACGUUAUUUGGACGCAUUACAAUAUAUUACUCAAACUUUACAAUUAGAUACUAUGUAUUAUUUGAUUGAAAAUAAUGAGAAUGGUACUGUUCAUUUUGAGAAGAUACCAAUUACAGAAUUUGCUAAUAACGAGUUCUGGACCUUACUAAGGGCAAAUAAAUAG